CGCGGCGAGUCGGCGCUUCUCUCCGUGAAGUUCAUGAAUCCACCAGUUUCUAAAGAAUGCAGGGCGCGUCGAUGUGCCAUCUGAAGGGAUAUUUUGCAACUGUGUGAACGUCUUUUUUUUGUGGAGGGAUUACACUCUCUGGAAUUUAGGUUUUAAUUUUUUUGACAUUUUAAUAUCAAAAUGGAAAAGAGCCAUCUUUCCAGUUCGAAUGAGAUCAUCAUGACAAGUUCAGCGGGCCCAUACCAGCAGGAACCACUGACUCCCCCGAGACUUCACUCUUCUUCUUCUUCGUCCAUAACAUCCCCGUCAUCUUCUUCCUCUUCGCCCCUGAAGCCCAAUCAGGUGGGCCAGGUCAUCCUGUACGGUGUACCAAUUGUAUCGUUGGUUAUCGACAACAAUGAAAGACUUUGCCUGGCACAGAUCUCAAACACGCUCCUCAAAAACUACAGCUAUAAUGAGAUCCACAACCGGCGUGUGGCCCUGGGCAUCACCUGCGUUCAGUGCACCCCAGUUCAGCUUGAGAUCCUCCGCCGGGCCGGUGCCAUGCCCAUCUCCUCACGCCGCUGCGGCAUGAUCACUAAGCGAGAAGCUGAGCGUCUCUGCAAAUCUUUUUUGGGGGAGAACAUUCCGCCCAAACUUCCAGACAACUUUGCCUUUGACGUGUCACAUGAGUGUGCAUGGGGUUGCCGUGGUAACUUCAUCCCGGCGCGUUACAACAGCUCCCGAGCCAAAUGCAUCAAGUGCUCUUUCUGCAACAUGUACUUCUCCCCGAAUAAGUUUAUAUUCCACUCCCACCGCACUCCAGACGCCAAGUACACCCAGCCAGAUGCUGCAAACUUCAACUCCUGGCGACGACACCUGAAACUCUCUGACAAGCAUCCGCCUGAUGAAUUAGUUUAUGCCUGGGAGGACGUGAAGGCCAUGUUCAACGGAGGUAGCCGGAAGAGAGCCCUGCCGUCUGCUCCUCAGUGUCCCUCCAUGGGCUCCAUGAAAAGUCUCCCGGGUUCAGUGAUGCCUCACCUAAUGGGUGCUGACUUGGGUGCACAGAAGAGAGCACACUUUGAUGAUGACGAGGAGCUUGAUAGUGCUGGAUUGUCACCUCGUAAAACGCCGCGCAGCUACCCUGUGAUACCCGUCCCGAGCAAAAGCUUUGGAAUGCUCCAAAAGUUUCCUCCCACAUCCCUGUUUCCCUCACCAUACCCCUUCCCAGCUUUCGGCAUCUGUCAGCAGAAAAAAGAGGACAGUGAUUUGUCUGCUGGACAUAAAGGAGCAGGCUUGUCCAGUCUAUUAUGGCCUGGGCGUAAGGACACUUUUUACCCCCCUUUCUGCAUGUUUUGGCCUCCAAGAGCAGCUGGUGGAAUCCCCGUGCCCACAUACCUCCAACCUCAGCCAAGUGCCCUCUCAACCCUGGCAGAUAACCCCUCUCUCCGACAGGCUUUUCUGGACCUCUCAGACAGCGCUGAGCCUGGAGCCAGCAGUGGGAACGGUGUCGCGCUGGCACCUGGCAGCACUGCAGCCCCAAGAUCUGGUCUGUUUGACCCAGAGGGUACCAUGCUGAGCACUGACAUGCGUCCUGUGACAUCAGAGGGCUGGCUCAAACUUCUGGACAACCAAACGCUGCAGAGCAGAAAGCCAAAUUACGGCUCUGCUUUCCGCCCCGUUGUCAAGGAUGCAGAAGGCAUCGCUAAGCUUCAUGGCAACAGCGGCGUCAGCGUAGCAACGGACGACGAGUUUGGCACAGUGGUCAGCGGAGGGUCAGAGCGGCAUCACCGCAUGUCACCCAGCAGCAGCUGCAGCUAUGGAAGUGAGAGCGGCGGCGACGGAGAAGCCGAUGCUGUGGACAGCGAGGAGGAAGGAGAAGUGGACGUGGAGUCAUCCAAGCAGGAGGACGGAGAGGAAGACGCAGGCUUCACAAACGGCCUGCCACAGAGCAACCCAUACAUGCCUGGGCUGAGCGACACUUCACGGGAUGAGAGGGGAAAGGAGAGUGCUGCUCUGUACCCCAGUGUCUCUCCACGUUCCUCCUCAAACCCACCACAACAGGACUCGCCCAACCAUCCGCCGUCUCCUCCCAGCGGCCUCUCUCUCCCCAGCUCUUCGCCGCCUCACCAGGAGGACCGAACGUACAAAAAUGGCGACAAAAAUCGAGACGAAGGACUUCCUGCAUAUGUGACAAAAGACUCUGGAAUCUCUGAUGAAAACAAAGAGCAGAAUAGUUUCUUUGUAUCAGAGAGUGAGACACCGGCUCCGGACUACUGGAGGGAGAACUCAGGUGAUCAAAGCCAAGAUGCUGCCUCUCCUGUACCGCUGAAAAAGGAUGUGGAAAACAUGGAAAAAGAGGAGCUCCAGAAGGUCCUGCUCGAGCAGAUCGACUUCAGGAGGCGACUGGAGCAGGAGUUUCAUGCUCUGAAGGGAACCUCCCCCUUUCCUGUCUUUCAUAAUUUCCAAGACCAAAUGAAACGGGAGCUCGCCUACAGAGAAGAAAUGGUUCAACAGUUACAGAUGAUUCCGUACGCAAACAUCAUAAGAAAAGAAAAGAUCGCUCCACAUCUCACUAAGUGAAAAGGGAACAAGCUACCACAGAAGACAUCUGACAUUUCACCCGGGCAGCCAUUUUCCUUCUUUUUCUGGGCCACAACCAUUGACAAGAGUUGAUUUUAAAAAAAGUUUUUGUGCAGCACAAACUCUAAAACUGAAAGCUUUACCAGUCCAGGACCAAAGCAACAGUGGCAUCUGAGUACGUUUUAAUGGCAGCUGAAGAUUUCUUCAUGGAAAAAAAAAGAUCUUUUCUAAAUUCUGUGAAAGACAUCAGAAAGAAUGGAUUGUGUUUUUAAGGACUUGGACUGCUGGUGCAGAUCUUAUUGUAGAUAAAAGAGACCUGAGAUUGUUGCUGUUAUUACUAUUGUGAUUGUGUCGGCAUCGAACAAGGAGCAUAUUUAUUGCAUUUAUUUAUUUGCUGUGAUACCAUGCGUGUCAUCAUUGUUAUUAUUAAAAUGGAAAAUGUUACACACAUAGUUGUUUUGGUUGAACAAAAAAAAAAUCUGUCACGUUUCAGACAUAAAAUGAAAGUCUGAGCCUCGCAAAAUUGUACAUAAAUGUAAUAUACUGUAUUUGACUGGAUGUACAAAAUGUCAUGAGAGAAGAACUUCACUGUCUAUAUAUACGUACAUAUCUGUGCUUGUGUGUUUCUGUCUGUUCAUUUGAGUAUCCAGCCUUCAGCUCUUAAUUGUAAAAUAAUAUAUUUAUUACAUGGCAGUAUGAAACGGAAAUGAUGGUGUUAUUUGUGUCCACAUUUGGGAAAAAGACAACAAUAAACCAUUCGUUAUUAGAAAUAAAGAAUUGCUAAAUAAUAGUCAUUUAUGAAACAUUGCGCUUGUAAUUGUAAAUAUAAUAUGUUCUUGUUGUUUCUCUACUUUUUAUGUGCAAAUUAAAAUGUCUAUACAUCAAUUAUGAGAUCAAGUGAUGUCACCAUUUCCACUUAACCAAAUGGUUGCGAUAUAAAGGAUAUUAUUAAGCGGACAAGAGGAAGUACUCGAGAACUGAA